UCUCUCCCUUCUCUCCCUUCUCUUCCUGCCUCCCUCUUCUCUCCUUCCUUGAGGUUCCAGAGCCUGUGAGCUGCUGAGAUGGGUGAAAUCCUGGAUGGAGACGCCCUCUGCAGCUCACUCCAGAUUUUACUUGGCAUCUGCAAGAGAAAUGUGGUUGGAAAUCAGUUCUAUCAGAGACACACAGAUGAACUGGGAGGUCGAAAUGAUAAGGUUGCAGAUGUUGCCGUGUUUCGCUGGCGUAAAAAAAGACUGUGUCCCAUCCUCUUGGCACUGGCAUCAGCUUCGGGACUGAAGUAAUGUGUCUCUUCACAUGGCAACAGUAUCAGCAACAGAGUAGAGCAUCUCGAGAGGAUGAGCUCCUUGGCCAGUACCUCGCACCUCCAGCUGGCCACCUUUGCUCUGGGUACGGUAGGCUGGAUCCUGUGCACCGUGUCGAUGGGAAUUGUGGAAUGGAGAGUGUGGCACGUGGCCAACACCACCAUCAUCUCCUCUGGCAUUGCCUGGGUGGGGAUUUGGAAAGUCUGCUUCAUCAGUUACCUGCAUGUCUCGCCUGGCUAUAAAGAACUGUUCUGCCGUAAAUUCAGUGGUUACGACUCCUCCAUCCCCCAGGAAAUUUAUGCUGCUCAGGGUCUCCUCUUGAUCGCCAUGUUCAUGGGCUUGCUGGGACUCACUGCCACAAUAUUUGCUCUGAGGAAUGUUUACAUGGGAAUCACUCACAAAACUCUCAUUACCCGUUUCUUCCUGGUGGGUGGCUUCUUCUACAUAUUCGCUGGUCUCUGUGUCCUGAUUCCUGUGAGCUGGAACUUCUAUUCUGUAACACAUAACCAGAGUAUUGCUUUUCCUCCUUCUUACUACAUGCCCUCCAGCCCAGCAGCGCAGGAGCCUGGUGCUGCCAUUCCUAUUGGGAUUAUAGCUGUCAUCCUCCUACUGCUAAGUGGGACUUUUUCUCUCUCGUACAGAUUUCUGGUGACCACAAACACUGUCACGAAAUUCUGACAGGAUAAUUCCCCCCCUGUGCUGUUGCAGAACAAGAGCAUAGUCAAGAGAUAAGGAUGGCAGCACACGUGAUAUUAUAGUCAAGGAAUUGCAUAAUUUAGUUCUAGUCUACAGUAGCAACACUAUUUUUUAUGUGAAUGGACAGAACUAACAUUUUAAUUGUCAUGUAUGACUAGAGGUUCAUCUUAGAGAUAAUUGCUGUUGAGCAGCAACUGUGAUUUAGUUUUACCCAUUGUUCUUUUCUGUAUAUACAAAAGCUAUUGAUUAAUUUAUUUUUUGUGUGUGUAAGAUAUUUACCAUGCUCAAAGAGCUGACUCUGAAUUAACAGUUCCAUAAGAAAAAUGUGAAAUUACACUUGUUAAAUGUGAAUUUUUUUCCUUUUAGGUACUGAACUAUUUUGUUCAUUAAUUAACUGCAUCUGUAGCAAAGUAUGUUUUGUGACAAGUCAAGACUUUUAAUACCAAUAAUAUGAGUGUCAUCAUGGUUGUGUCAAAUGAGUCUUCCAUGAAUUGUCUUACAAAGAGCUUGCCAGUUUCCCCUCUUCCUCCAGGGCACAUAAAGAGCUGUGUCUUCAAUGCUUCUUAUUUUCUUUCAAGCUAUUUGCAUUUUAUGUUGCAACACAUUUGCCUGUGGGCAAGGUGUGCUCUUGGUGCCUCACUGAGGCAGAGCCAAAAAGUCUGCUAAUGUUUGCUUCCUCAUCAGACACCUCACGGAAUCCAAAGGUAUUGCAAAAGACGGAAACAACUUCUACAAGUUGUUACAAAACUGUUGUCAAAAUCAGCACUCUUAGUAACCAAGAAUAUUCAGUAAAUCCUUCAGGGUGUGAUUCAUCUGACCUGAUGUAGACAUCUGUACCUAAACCGGUCACUUCAGGCUCCUUUUAUAGUCAGUGCAGAGGCAAUCUGUAUUUGUCUCUUUCUAAAAUAGAUGCCUGGAAUGGCUGGAGGAAGACACGCUGCCUAAAAACCUGUUUCUCUUAAACCACUGUAAUAACUACAGUUGCUAAUCCUGGCAUAUAAUAUACAACCAAACUUAACGUAACCUCAACAAAGCUAUGUGAAAUUAAUUUGUCAUUUAAGGAGCACUUCAUAUGCCAAUGCCAUUAAAAAAAAAAAAAAAAAAAAGGAAAAAGAAAAAGAAAGAAAAAAUAAAAAGGAAAAGAGACAAAAAAAAAGUCCCAAAUGCAGCAAUAGGGGUAAUAAAAAAAAUAAGAUGUUGGGAGGAAUAAGUAAAGAAUGCUGACAAACAGAUGAUCUCUUGAAAACAGGUUCUUCAAAAAGCUGUUACACUUUCAAAUAAAUGCUUCAGGAUUCUAAGUAAUUUAGUUUUACUCUUUUAAUUGUCCUCCAUUUUCUAAAAUGCUCAUGGAUUCAGAGAAAGAAGAAAAUGUAAUAAAAAUGUAAUAAUUCUUGUACAUUACAAGAAAAGGUACAAUGCCAGCAAACUAGGUCCUAUUGCUUCUGGCUGUUACUACCUGAACUUGUCCUAGCAGUCUAGUUUUUCCUCCACAGCUUCCACACAGUCUUGACUUUGCUAUACUGACUGUCUAUACAGAAUCCCUAUAGCACCUUCAUUUUCUCUCUGGUCUUCCAGUCUCUUCUGAAACAGCAGCUUAUCUCAUCAUUGCUAAUUUUUCAUCUGCUGCAAGGGUUUAUCUUUUGACUGUUUACAAUGCUGUGAUGCACUUUCAAGUGGUGUUUCAAUGAAAGCAAGUGAUUUAAUAGCUUGUUUAUUCUAUAUUGUUUCUAAUUUGAUUUCUACUAUACAUCCUUUACAAUGUUGGUAGGUUUCAUUUUUAAAUGUGCGAGUCAAUAGAACUUAUCUCUUCCCACAGCACCUACAAUAAUAUUAGAUUUUAUCUUAUUGUAAGGAAAACAAAAAAAAUGUAUCCAUGUGGUUAUGCCAGUAUUUUCCUAAACUAAUAAACCAACCAUAUUCCCUGGCAAGGAAUUUAAACUUUGCCAGAAAAUUAUUGACUCUUCAACUUUUUUUUGAGUUCAUGUAAGCACAGAAAUGUCAAUAACUCUAACUGUAAUUCUCAACUAUAUUCACUAAAUGAUUUGGUUUGGUUUACAUUUAUUCUUCUGGGCUAAGAGAAAAAGCAACAAACAACGUCAGACACAUGCCAAGUUUCUGCAUUCCUGCCACAGCUGUUUCCACCAUGGAUUCUCUUGAUCUGUCCUGACAUGUGGCUACAAAACACUGGUGGUGUGUCAGAUGUAGGCUAGAUAGUGAGGACAAAGAUAAGAGUGGGGUCCUGCACCUGGGGAGGAAUAACCCCAUGCACCAGUACAUGUUAGGGGUUGACCUGCUGGAAAGCAGCUUUACAGAGAAGGACUUGGGAGUCCUGGUGGACAAAAGGUUGACUAUGAGCCAACAGCUUGCCCUUGGGGCGGAAAAGGCCAAUGGUAUCCUGGGGUCCAUAAGGAAAAGCGUGAGCAGUAGGCUGAGGGAGGUUCUCCUCCCCCUCCACUCUGCCCCGGUGAGCCUGCAUCUGGAGUCCUGUGUACAGGUCUGCAAUCCCCAGUUUAAGAAGGACAAGAAACUACUGGAGAGCAUCCAACAGUGGGCUACAAAGAUGAUAAGGGGUCUGAAGCUUCAUUUCUAUGAGGACAGACUGAGGAAGCUGGGUCUGUUCAGCCUGGAGAAGAGAAGGCUGAGAGGGGAUCUUACCAAUGCUUCUAAAUAUCUCAAGGACGGGUGUCAAGAGGAUGGGACCAGACUCUUCUUGGUGGCGUCCACCCAUGGGAUGAGGGGCAGCGGGCACAGACUGAAGCACAGGAGGUUCCAUCUAAACAUGAUGUCCUUUACUUGGAGGGUGACCAAGCACUGGAACAAGCUGUCCAGAGAAGUUGUGGAGUCUCCUCUGGAGACACUGAAGACCCACUUGGACACAUUCCUGUGUGAUCUGCUCUGGGUGACCCUGCUUUAGCAGAUGGGUUGGACUGGAUGAUCUCCAGAGGUCCCUUCCAACCCCAACCAUCCUGUGAUUCUGUGAAACUGCCCAGCUAAACACUGGAAUAGAUUACCUAAGGAGAUGUGUUGGUUUUUUUAAAUAAUAUUUUGUCAAAUAUAAGUUUAAACAAAUAGUGCCAUGAAGACUGUCUGUAUGAGUGAGCCUGUUUCAGGACAGACGGAUGAUCUAGAUGAAGCUUUUGUAAUCCUUUCCCACUGUACUUCUGAAUUCUCUAAUACAGGAGUCUAUCAACAGUCACAUGGUCCAGAUUGUAUGUUGACACAUGAUAAAACAUAGUCUAUAGUCAAAUACCAGGCUAUCUAAAACUCCCAGUCCUACCCUGAAAAAAAAAAAGAGGAAAAAAAUACCUUAUCUCAGAACAAAGGAGAGCAAAGAUUCCAUUGAUGUCAAUGGGACUGAGUCUGUCUAAUCUUGAUCCUUCAAGGCUGCAGGUCUCAUUGAAUUUUAGUGAAUGUUUGUGUUCAUUAAUGUUUUGAUAUUGGAGGGAAGUAAAACUCCUGUGCUUUUACUUCACCAGCCAGGAGGCAUAGUUUCUUCAUGCAUAUUUUCGUGACACAUUUGUUUCAGAAUUUGAGAAGCUAAGUUACCUUUCAGUAGGUCAGUUUGUAACCACAUCAGUUGUGUUUGUACAGCUAUUUUUAGGGUUGUCUGCAAAAUCAGGCAGCUGAAAUUAUUUCAAUUUAAAACUCAAAAAUGCAAAACUUUUCUGGAAGGCUAUUUUUAACCUAGAUUACUUGAGCGAGCUAUGCUAUAGCCUGGCCCAGCAACCAUUUGUAGUAGCAGAGCUGAGGAUGGGCAGUGAGCUGUAGUGCAAAGACAAGAGUGAGUUGUUGGGGCCUUGAGCUAGAGAGAUAAGGGGUAAGAACCUCUUGAGCAAAUUUCACCACUGGAGAGAUCAUAUUGCGCAGCUCCGUCUCCAGCUCCAGUGCAGACUGGGACCUGCUGCCUCCCCAGUGACAGCACCGCUCGCCUGGUGGGCUCCACCCUGUCUAGGAAUGUCUCCACACUGGCCUCAGUCUACACAUAAACCAGUCUUGCUUUAUUUUUUUUUCUGAGUUGACAAUAAACAAGUAUCUUGUGACUCACUCACAUGUCUGAAUUCACUGCUGGGGGAAUGAUCUGAAUACCAAGGCUCCCUUUGAGUUCUGGGUAUCUAGGCAUAAUGAUAAAGCACCCAUCUUUGACCUCUGUAACAUACUCUUUGGCAUUAAUCUACCACAUGAUGUGUUUUGUUAACCUUAUUCACACGUACCAUCUGCCCCACCAUCCAUUCAGAGCUGCAGACCAAACUGUGUAUGAAUAUAUUUUCAAUAUUCCUCUCAAAGAUGGAUACUCGAAAGUGGAUGGAGCUGAAAAGUGCCUAAUAAUUGUAAAACAAGCCGAUGGCACAAAGUCAACCGAGAUUUUCCCCCCAGGUGAAUACGCAAAUCUGACCAACAUCAUUUGUGUUCAGGUAAAGGAAGAGGGAGGAACUGGAGACAUUGUACUGCAGAGUAGAUCAUCAAAUUAGUCAAGGCAAGUCAGUAAGCAAAAUUUUUAUUCAAGUCAGCAGUUUUACAUGAAGACACUCUUACUGGCCAAUAUAUUUGACUAAAAACAAUGCUGGAGACAGAAAGAAGGGUCUUUGUUGUCACAUGGCUUAUGGUAUAGUACAAUGAUGAACGGGAGGGUGUUUUUCAGGAGAGAGCUAUUUUUAGACCUUGGACUAUUUUUCCCUUAGAAUGGAAAAACUGAAAUGUCACAGGCAAUUUCCUGCUUUUUAGGUCAUUAAAAUACUUCAGGACAAAGAGUUUUUGCUUAAAAAAUGUAAGUCUGACUGUAUAAUGUUUAACAGCAAAUUGUUUUCUUAAAAUAGGAAACCAAUGUAUGUUAAAUUAAAGGUUCCCAGAAGAGAUACGUUCUCUGUGAAAAUAUACCUUUUUUGAAACUGAACUGGGAUUCAUUUCUUUCUUGCCAACACCUCUAUUGUCAGAUCCAGUAUUGGCUCAUAAAAACAUAUUUUUCAACCAACAUAUUCCUUUUCUGCUACUCAAUUUACACUGUUUCCCUUGUUUGAGAGAGGUGAGAUUUUUCAAUAAUUAGCACAAUGUUUUGGAGUGUAUUGGUUCUCCAUUGUUUUGUCAAAACCAACUAUAUGCCAGUCAAGAAAAUGUAAGUGAAUUUCAACAACAGGCAGAAGGUCUGAGUAAAAAGUGAUGGGUCAAGUGUUGAAAAAAAAGAUGAACAAGAAAGUAGGAAUCACAUUUCAAAGAGAAGUGAAAAUGAACUGAAGGAAAGGAGGAGAUAGAUGAUACCAAAGGCAACACUGCAAAAGAGCAGGGACGGAGCCCACCAUCCUCCCAUCUAAUUGCUCUGGCUUUGGCAAAGUCCUCCUUGAUGGCAGUCCCUCAGGUGGGAACCAUGUCCUUUUGCAGCACUGAGGACAGCAGGGACCCGAACGACCGAGCACAAGCAGCAGCUGCGUGUGCUGAAGCCCUGUGUGCUGCAGCCCUCUGUUGCCAGGCAGCAAGACAAAGUACUGCACCUAUUUUUCCCCCCAAUGCAUCCAUCCUGGGCUGUCGCAGUUGGCAGAGGUUUCUGGGCCAUGCCUUGUUGGGCAUCACGUUCAGCUGGUCAGCAUCAGGCAUGCUGGGCUGGAUGCUGGGCAUCAGCUUCUGAGUAGUGCCCAGCAUGGCGUACUGUCACCUCCGUCAUCUCCACCAGCACUGCUCAGGUGGGAACUGGGAAACUGAGGAAACUGCAGAGUCUCCAGGGACUUCUGAAUAAAGUUCUGUCACAGGGUGUGACCAUGAGUCAGU